AUGAGGUUUGUCACGACAGUUCUUUGGAUCAUUUCAACAUCAGUUCACCGCUAUACCCCAGGGGAUUGGAUGGAGAGUAUGGUGGAGGACGAGGAGGAUGAGGAGGACGAGGAGGACGAGGACCAAUACACUUUCGAAGAGCAUGUGCGUAGCAACUUAUGGCUAUCUGUGAAGCAAGAAUAUAGAAUCUUCUUGGAAAUGAAACGAAAUAGAAACUACACGUGGGAGGAGCCUCCGACACAGAAGCGUGUACGCUUAUAUAGCGAAUACGUACAUGCAGCCUCCAGCUGCUGCCAGGGCUGCACACGUCUGUGCAAGAAGCCAAUAAUAGUACCUGUGAAAGAGGAGGUCAUCAGUGACCAAGACCAAGUUUCCGAGAAGCAGAAGGAUUUAUACCCUUCCCGUCUGAUACUGCCCACCGAUGGGAUGGACGCCGUAACGAGGGAGCAGUAUUUGCUUGAGUUAUUCCUGGCUAUAUGCAGGAAUAAAUUUCCCAAAAGAAUUAAAGCCAUAGCUAAUGGAAUUAAUUCUAUUGCGGUCACGACUGCGUGA